AUGGCUGUAGACACAGCUCGCUUGGAAGAGCUUUUGAAGAGACCUCUUUAUGUAUACGAUCUGCCGCAGGAGCUUCUGGAAACCCUCUCCCCGAAGAAUGCGAACCAACAACUCGUUGCCGCCGAACAGCCCGAGCCAACCCCCAAAGACCCAGAGGUAGCGGCGCAAGAGGCUGCGAUCGCAACGUCAACACAAUGCUCUCUUUGCAAAGUGUCCUACCAGAACGUGCAGGAACAGCGCAGCCACGUACGUUCGGAUCACCACCGGUAUAACCUCAAAGCUCAACUCCGUGGGAAUGCGCCGCUCGAUGAGGUUCAGUUUGCGAAGGCGGUCGGCGAGCUGGAUGAGUCCAUUUCCGGGUCGGAGUCGUCGGAAUCGGAGGACGAGGAGGCAGACGGGGGUGGCGAUACAACCCUGGCGGCUCUGUUGAAGAAACAGGCCAAGCUGUCGCACGCGAACGAGGGGGAGACGGAGACUUCGGUGAAACGAGGAUCCCCCAAGCACCCGCUGUUCUGGUUGUCGAGCUCAAAGUUACCGUCGAAUAAGUCGCUGGGUGUCUACAGGACGAUCUUCUCCGCCGUCGAGCAAGCCGAGCCAGAUCAUCUGGUGGAUUCCCUGCGCAGAAAGCAGUUGGCUCCGAUCCAGGCUCGCACCAACAAUGCGAGCGCUCAGCAAGAUACCUCUGCGCUGAGCCCGCACAUUUUCAUGUGCAUGAUCGGUGGGGGCCACUUUGCUGCUAUGCUGGUGUCGCUGGCCCCCGAAAUUCACCGGAAACAAGGAGGCAUCGAGGAGAGACAGGCCCGGGUGAUUGCACACAAGACUGUCCAUCGCUACACAACACGUCGGAAGCAAGGUGGUUCCCAAUCCGCCAGUGACGCUUCCCGGGGAGCCGCCCACUCGGCCGGUUCGAGUCUGCGACGAUACAACGAGGCGGCGCUUGAGAAGGAUGUCCGAGAACUGCUGGCAGAUUGGAAGCAGAUGAUCGAUAGUGCAGAGCUGCUGUUCAUCCGAGCCACAGGAAAGACCAAUCGAAAGACUCUCUUUGGGCAGUAUGAUGGCCAGGUUCUUCGGCAGAAUGACCCGAGGAUCAGAGGCUUCCCCUUCAACACGCGCCGAGCCACCCAGGGUGAGCUAAUGCGGUGCUUCAAGGAACUCACUCGUGUCAAAGUGAGCGAGGUGGAUGAGGCUGCGUUGGCAGCCGCAGCCGCAGCAGCGGAGGCCAAACGACAGGAGGAAUCAUCUAAGCCAUCGACACCUCGACCGCAACCACAGAAGCCAAAGCUAUCCCCGGAAGAAGAGGCUGCACAACUACACACGACGCAAAUCCAGGCGUUUAUUCGCCGCUCAAAAAUCCCCGCCCUCAUGUCUUAUAUCACGAACAACUCCAUACCCUCGACGUUCACCUUCCAGCCCACCGAUUCCCCACAGAAUUUCCGCUGUCCUUCACCCCUUCAUCUUGCCGCAAAUCUCAACUCAGCAGCCGUCGUUCUAGCGCUUCUCACUCGCGCCGGCUCGGAUCCAAUCGCCGUUAACAGCGAGGGCCGGACACCAUUUGAGCUUGCUGGGGAUCGAGCCACCCGAGAUGCAUUCCGUAUCGCCCGCCACGAGCUAGGCGAGUCGAAGUGGGACUGGAAUGCAGCCAAAGUGCCGUCGCCGAUUUCCAAAGCAGACGCGGAAAACCGGGCUGAGAGGGAGCGUAAAGCAGCUGAAGAAGAGGAGAAGGAUCGACGCAAGGCUGACAUGGAUCGGAUCAAGCAAGAGGAUGCCGAACGAGCAGCGCAGCGGGCAUCGAGUAAACCUGGUGGACGCACCCUGGGGUCUGUGGAAAAGACUGCAGCCGAGAAACGAGAUGAAGAGACACGAGGGAUGACCCCAGAGAUGCGGAUGCGACUGGAGCGCGAGCGACGGGCGAGAGCAGCAGAGGAACGAAUGCGCCGGGCGAAGUAA